CCCCCCCUCCCUCUCGCCCCUUUUCGUCUGACUUAAAAAUGGGAUGUAAAUCUCCUGAGGAUGCCGAGCCCGCUUCCCCCGAGAGACCCGGACAUCGCGCACGAGCAAGAGAGUGAGAGACAACCAAAGAUGGAAUCCUUUUCAAUCUCGCCAGGAUAUGGAGGUCAUCAAACAAGCUCAUAAAUACGAUCCGAUAGAUCUUUCGUUCUUUUUUCAUCGUUUCUUCCAUCUUGAUCCCCUUUCCUUUGUUUUUUUUUUUCAAAUCAAAUUCUGCCUUCUUGAUAGUUUUCUUCGAUUUUUUUUUGCAAGACUUUGUGUUGGUUUCGAUUUUUCUGUUUCUUGGUUUGGUUCCGAUCAUAAAGCCGCAUUCUUGAUUGAUUGAGAUAUGUAGCUGGAUCCUUUAUCUUAAAUUGGAAUGGGAUCUGCGGAGAGUUUUGGGUGAUUGGCUUUUGCUUGUGGGGAGGGAGUUAUUUCUUCGUUGUUAUGAUGAUGUUUUCUUAGAGGCUUUUACGUAUUUGUCUGUCCUUUUAUACAUAGUUUCUUAAUCAAGAUUUAGUACAUAAUUGAAUGGCGGCUUGUUGUUUGGUUAGCUGAUUCUUGAUUAAGAGCUUCCAGGGUUCUCUAUGCUUCUUCUUGUUUCCAUGACUGUUAUAUGUUUGACUCUGGUUCUCAAUCGGUUUCUGCCGACAUUGUUGUUCUUGGGUCGAUAGAAUUUUGAUGCCUUCGAGCUAAAUUGGGCCUUUUCUUGUGGUAUUAGUGAUCAAAUGGCCAAUAGAAACACACAGACCCAUGGCCUUGUGAGCCGAAAGUUCCUGUGCUGUUGGCUCUUCCUUGUGAUAGUCCUGGUUCUCUACUGUAUCUUCUCUUGGGAUUCCACCUCCCUGCCUGCUCCCAUCGACCAUAGCCUUUUUCCCAAUCAAAAGGCCUUCUCGUUGUUCGAAAACCAGAGCAUUCCUCUAAGGGAUGAACUGAGGGAUGACCUGCCAUUGAACCAGGAGACCUAUUCCUUGGAUCAACCCAAAGAACAAGAACUUAAGAAAUGUGAUCCGAGCAAGGCAAUCUUGAAGGUUUUCAUGUAUGAUAUGCCUCCUGAGUUUCAUUUUGGUUUGUUGGAUUGGGUGGCCGAUGGCAAGAGUGUCUGGCCAGAUAUCCGAACGAAAAUUCCAUCCUAUCCUGGUGGGUUGAAUCUCCAGCAUAGCAUAGAGUACUGGCUCACAUUGGAUUUGUUGUCCUCAAGAUUUCCCGAUCGUAGUGGCCCAUGCACUGCUGUAAGAGUUGAGGACUCUCGUGAAGCCGAUGUUGUGUUUGUGCCAUUCUUCUCAUCUUUGAGCUAUAACCGGCAUUCGAAAAUCAAACCACCAGAAAAGGUUAGUCGGAACAAGAUGCUGCAGCAGAAACUGGUAAUGUAUUUAACAGCUCAAGAGGAAUGGAAAAGGUCAGGGGGAAAAGACCAUAUCAUAAUGGCACACCAUCCAAACAGCAUGCUGGAUGCUCGGACGAAAUUGUGGCCUUGCAUGUUCAUUCUUGCAGAUUUUGGAAGGUAUAUUCCACGUGUAGCUAAUGUGGAGAAAGACAUUAUUGCUCCUUACAAGCAUGUGAUCAAGACCUUUGUGAAUGACACAUCUAUGUAUGAUGAUCGCCCUACAUUAUUAUAUUUUCAAGGAGCCAUCUACAGGAAAGAUGGGGGGAGCAUUCGACAAGAGCUCUUUUAUCUUCUCAGAAACGAAAAGGAUGUACACUUCUCGUUUGGCAGUGUUCAAGCGAAUGGGAUCAAUGAAGCCAGCCAAGGGAUGCAUUCAUCAAAAUUCUGUCUGAAUAUUGCGGGGGAUACUCCUUCCUCCAAUCGCCUUUUUGAUGCCAUAACCAGCCACUGUGUCCCUGUCAUUAUAAGUGAUGAGAUUGAACUCCCAUUCGAGGAUGUCCUGGACUACUCUGAAUUCUGCAUCUUUGUCCGUGCUUCUGAUGCAGUCAAGGAAGGUUUCUUGAUGAAGCUGAUUAGAGGCAUAAGCCGAGAGGAAUGGACACGAAUGUGGAAAAAGCUGAAGGAGGUUGAGGGCUAUUUUGAGUUCCAGUACCCUUCUCGGAAGGAUGAUGCAGUGCAGAUGAUCUGGCAGGCGGUGGCUAGAAAGGUACCUGCAAUUCGGCUGAAGGUACACAGGUCCAGACGAUUUUCUCGGUUUAAAAUUGGGAGAUAGAAUCUGAACCGAAGGAUGCCUCACUUUUACAAAUGACUGCUGGAGUGCUGAGGAUCUUGUUUCGUAUCAUUUCUCCGGCAAACAGAUUUAGUCUCAGGAUAUGAGGAAUAUUUGGGAUCUAACGGAGUUUAUAUUCCAUCGUAGCAAUUUUCUCUGACCAUGUAAAAUUGCAGCUUGUGAGGGGGGGGGGAAUGUGUUCUUAAUGUAGGAUUUGAGCAUUGAUUUUUGAGUUUUGGUCUGUAAACAGUAGGGUGUCAGUUGGCAUCCUUGUAUCGACUCGUACUCCAACAGAGAGACAUUAUAGCCUUUUCCCAUUCAAGUCUAACAAGAGGAGAAAGGUCAUUGGACUGUCAAAACACCGGAACAAAAGUCAUUGAAUGUAGAAAUGCCAGUGGAUCCUUGAGGUAUUCAGUAGUA